CCUGACAGCUGGUUCCGGAAAAGGCGACAAGCAGAGGCGAAAAGGCCGCCGGCUUGGAUGCCGGGGAUGGACAGGCGGCCUCGAUGACGACAUCGGAACGGGCGGGACUUGGCGGGCGCCAUAUUAGGAGUGGCCGUUGUUUAAAAAGCCACACCAUCCGUCAUGCUGGAAGUGGCGACGUCCGCUGCCGGAUAAGCGGCCUGCCAUGUUGGGUUCUGACCAGUUGCAUAGCAAGACCAUCUCUGGCAUAGAAGUUUCCUCCAAACUCAGGACUUUGCCUCCCAAACCUGUUUUUAUCUCCAGUUUGGAAGAAACACCAUCCCCCCAAGAGAAAUCUGUCCAGUCCAAAUUAGAAUAGCUUUCCAUUCAUCUUGAACAAGAGCAAGAAGAACAUUUGUCAUGGCCAUGCUAGAAGAGGAACCAUUCAUCCAAAUAAAACUGGAGGAAGAACCAUUCUUAACAGGUGGAGUAGAGGACCGGUCGCCCAUUCGCAUUAAAGAAGAGGAUGGAUUGUAUAUUCAAAUUAAAACAGAAGAAGAACCAUUUGCUCAAAUUAAGGUAGAAGAAGGACAGUCUUUACAGGUCAAGCAAGAACAACAGAUAGUUCAGAUCAAGCUAGGAGAUGAAAUAUACGACCAAGAUCCACAGAAGUCUGGAGCAAACAAGUUCAGUGGAAUCUUUUACAGACCAGAGGGACCACAAGCAGCACACCCUGAAGAGGGCUCCCAGGUUCAUCCUGACUUCACACCCGCCAUUCCGACAGCUCAGCAGCCAGGGGGUCCAGCAGACAAAGGGCCCAUGGUGCCGCCAGCGAAGUUACCGGCUACAACUCCGCUUGCCAGUUUCAGAAACAGGCGACGGCAGGUAGCCAGUUUGAGUGAUGUUGCAAAGAAAAUUCUGGAGCAGGAAAAGUCACAGUAUGCUGAGGCUAUGAGACAGAUGGACGCAGAGAUACAAUGGGAGGAGCGGAAAUUUCAAAUGAUGCGUGAGGAGCGGGAGCGUGACAGGAAGGCUUUUCAGGAAUGCAUGCAGAAGACCACUGCGGUCAUGGAGGUUGCUGUGGAGCUCCAGAGAAACCUAGUCAGUUGGUUUCAGAACACGCAGCGCUUUACUCCGGCCCAGGAACGUGGCCUACCCUGUCCCUCACAGGCACCAGCAGCCCUGGAGCAAUUCAGGUCAUCUUGUGAAAACAGAGGCAGCAACACUCUGAGGGAAGAGCCUCAGUCUGUGACCCAGGCACCCUCUGGGCUGCUUGCCACACGAAGCAAGGUCAGGGGCAAGAGGCGUUCCCGCGUUGGCAGGAAACGGGCUUAUCUUGAGCCCUGAUUGUCACAGGGAGCUUCUGAUUUUCUGACAUUGCAAUAAAUUUACUUGAUGCACAAUUAAAA